GUCCUUUUAGGAUGUGACCCUCUAGAGGCUCUGGAGAAGAAACUGCAGUUUAGAGUGGAGACAAUUUGAACUCUGUUUCCGGGGAGGGGGUGAGUUGGCUGUUUGAAAGUUGACUGGAAAGGAGAAGGCUUAUUUGUCAUGGCUGCAGCGCGACAACUGCGCCGGGGCGCCACUUUGGCACGGCUCUUCUGCCAGGCUCCAGGGAUUCGGCUCGGUUGGUGGCGCCGAGUUCAUGCGGGACGAGAAGGAAGUGAGGUGCAUGGAAAACCCAGGUUUUUCAGAAAAGGGCUUGCAUUCUCAGUACUGUCCUACAUGGGAUAUGAAGCAUAUGUAUUAAUCUCCCAGGCUUCUAUCGUUCAUGCUGACAACCAAAAUGAUAUUCUAGAUCAAGCAGACUACCUGUAUGGGAGUGGAGAAACUGAAAAACUCUUUCAUUUGCUAGAGCAGCACAAAAGCAGUGAGAACGCACAGUUGCUGUGGCGCCUGGCGCGAGCAUCACGUGACCUAGCUCAACUUAGUCAGACUUCUGUAGAGAAAAAGAAAUCAUUGACGUACGAAGCCCUUGCUUAUGCAAAGAAAGCUCUUGAAAAAGACCCUUCGUGUUUUGCAGUAAACAAGUGGUAUGCAAUCUGCCUUAGUGAUGUGGGUGAUUAUGAAGGAAUAAAGAAAAAAAUUGCAAAUGCUUUUGUUAUCAAGGAACACUUCCAGAAAGCAAUUGAGCUGAACCCUAAGGAUCCUACUUCACUUCAUCUUAUGGGUAUUUGGUGUUACACAUUUGCUGAAAUGCCAUGGUACCAGAGCAAAAUAGCUGCAGUUUUAUUUUCAACCCCACCCAGCUCCACCUAUGAUGAGGCUCUACAAUACUUUCAGAAGGCUGAAGAUGUUGAGCCCAACUUCUACAGUAAAAACUUACUGUUCUUGGGAAAGACAUAUAUGAAGUUAAACAACAGAAAGAUGGCCCUUUUGUGGUUGACAAAGGCCAAGGAACGGCUAGCCCACACAGAGGAAGAUAAGCAGGUCCAAAAAGAAGCUCUGGAAUUACUAAAUUCUCUGUGACAAGAUUACUAAUUAAAAUAUGUGGACUGCUUUGACCCAUUGUUUAUCGAUAGUGAGCUUCUAGGCUAGGUUUUUUUCUUUUUCUUUUUUUGGUAUGUUGCAUAGGAGGCCAAUAUGGAAGCUCCAAUUUUUGUGAAGCACCUCUUCCCCAUUUAUCUUUGCUGUAUCAAAUUAUAGAUGUGAUGUGCUAAAAGGCAAAAAAUGCAUCUUAAUUGCUCUUUUCCUGGUCACUUAUAAACUACUAAUAUAUUUUUCCAA